UGUCUACACACUUCGAUGGGCGCCAACCACUUUCUCCAUUCCCUUCUCUCUAUAAAAAGCAAAUUUCCCACUCGUCCAUCUCCUCCUAUCUCUCUCCCCCUCUAGAGCGCUUGAGUUCAAGAAACUUCUACACGACCACGAAAAUGGCGACAUCAGAGAAACCAGUCAUGGUAAUCGGAGUAGACGACAGUGAGGAAAGCACGUAUGCCCUAGAAUGGGCUCUCGAUCAUUUCUUCGCUCCCUACGCUCCCAAUUUCAACUUCGACCUCGUCGUCGUUCACUCUAAACCUUCUCCCAUUUCCGUCGUCGGAAUUGCUGGCCCUGGUAGUGGCCAAGCCCUGCCGUACAUUGAAUCGGAUCUCAAGAAGAUUGCUGCUAGGGUUAUAGAACAGGCUAAGGAGAUGUGCAUCAGUAAAUCGGCCCAUGGGGCAAGAUUGGAAGUUGUGGAAGGCGAUGCUAGGAAUGUUCUAUGUGAUGCUGUAGAGAAACACCAUGCGUCCCUGUUGGUCGUGGGUAGUCAUGGUUACGGCGCCAUUAAAAGGGCCGUUUUGGGCAGCGUCAGUGACUAUUGUGCUCAUCAUGCUCACUGCAAUGUUAUGAUUGUAAAGAAGCCUAAGACCAAGCACUGAGCUACUUUCGAUUGUCUCUCGACUAAGCGAGCAAAUUCAGUUGUUCAACAAGAAAAUUUCCAGGAGUAUUGUAUCUAUCUGUAUUGGUAAUAAUCGAUUUGGAUUGUUGGAAAGUAUGUACUUUUUAUGCAAUUGCGUUUGCAUAUUCUAGCAGCUUGAACCUAAUUAUCCUUGACAAUGCCAAAAAUAUUGCUUCACUCA